AUGCUUCAUUUGAGACCUGAGAAUUUGCUGGUGCAAAAAACGCUCACGGAAGCGUGGAACGCUAAUGAGAGUGGUGCUCCUUUAACUUUGGACAGAGUAAUUUCAGAUUUCGACUACACUACCCUUCAUGUGUCUAACACACCGGAAAAUAAGGCUAUACUUUGGCUAAGUAUCAAGACCAAGGUGUGGCAAAGCGCCUUGAAGUGUGGAGACGGAUUUUUGGAGCACCUGGAAAGCAAAUAUGCCAAUUUCCCGGGAAUCACACCAGCCGAACAAGCGGAGCAGGGCUACGAUUAUACAGUAACGGUGGACUUGGCCCAAUUGAAUCCGGAUGCAAUGGUCCAGCUUUCAUUGCUAAAGAUCCAUGUGAUGAGCUUUGCGUUCCAAUUGGCGUUUCAGGAGUUUUCUGUUUUGAGCCAACAGACACAAGACCCGUCUUCAUUUUCCGGGUCUAACGACGCAGGUAUUUUGAGACAUCUUCAGUACAGGGACGAUGAGAAUAUCUACAUCAAGCCCUCGAACGACCGCGUAACAGUUAUAUUCGAGACAUUUUUCCAAGACGAAACCGACAAAGUCUUCGGCAAAGUUUUUCUACAGGAGUUCGUGGACGCUCGGAAGCGUAACAGGAGCAUCCAGUCCGCGCCCCAGGUGUUGUUUUCGCAUGAUCCUCCGCGGGAAACUGCGUCUGUGACGUCCAAUCGCCGCACCGACAAAGACAGAAGGUUUAUCACCUUUGUUCUUUUCCCACGCCAUUUCCAAACACCAGAACUGCAGUUUUCAUCAGUGUGUCACCUGGCGCUGUUCCGCAACUACUUCCAUUAUCACAUUAAGUGUUCCAAGGCCUUCAUGCACUCGCGGAUGCGCUACAGAGUUGAUUCUUUCAUCAAGGUUUUGAACCGUGCCAAGGUUGGCGAAACCGACGAGACCGACCAACAAACACGCCGCACAAUUACAGGCAGAAAAAUGGUGUACUAG